AUGUCUUACAAGGGUGGCACUGCCACGUUCAGUUAUCAAAUUGGGGUUGCGGAUCGACUUGUCGCCAUGGCUGUCCUCGGGAACGUGAAGAGGCCAUUUGAGCGCCAUCGUGAGCUGGAGAGACUCUCUAACCUACCUUCGAUUGACGGAGAGGCCGGGAACGAUGACUCCAGUGAUGGAGAUAGUAAUCGUGGAGACUUCCUUAACUCCCUGGAACCCAUGGAUAUCAACUACGGCAACCUCCAGAGCCCAUGGAUAUCGACUCAGGUACCAGCAAAAUCCGAUUUCAACGAGACUGACGAGAGCGUGAUCGAUCUCACAGGCGAUAUAAAUAACACCACAUUCCUACCUCCAAUGAACCAUGAACGUCAAUGCCAACGCAACCGUCAACAAGAUCGCCAAAAACCUCGACAUUUAUCAAGAGCGAGAACAUGCAAAGUUCUCCUUGGGAAUCAGAGACGCAGCUGGUUGGUUCUGUUCCGUGCCACAUCUGAGCAAGGUGCCGACGAUUUCCUCAAGGAAAACAAUAUCAAGUUGCGUCACAGAAUGACACAUCGAGUGGCUGCACGAGACUAUUAUGCAUAUCAACAGGGAUGGAAAGAUAGUGAGAAUAUUGAUUUCCGACAGAGACGUUUGGAGUCACAACUGUUUGAUAGCCUUUGGAAAGACUGGAGACCCGACCCCAUGGAAGUAUGUCUACGAUGGAUAAUGGUGUAG